UUUUUUUUUAAUGAUUAUUUAUUAUGGUUAAAACAGAAGAUAUAUGAAUCAUUUUAGAUUAUUUUUUUUAAAAGUGUUAUAAACUUUGUCUUUAUUUAAAAUCUCACUAAUCCAGGCCCGAGUGUAUUAUUGUAUUACCUUCGCGGUAGUAAUUGAGUGUUGUUAUUCCAGUACAAAAAUAAUAUUGUGUUAGUUAAUAGUUUUGCCGCAAUAAAUUAAUUUCUGUGGUGACGCUUGUGUUUUAUUACUCACAAAAUCUCCUACCGAAAUUAAUACGUAGGCCCACGUGCCAAUGGGCGUGAUGUUGGCGCUUAUCAAACAAAUCAUGUCGCGAUAAGCGAUGUUUAUCUUGUCCGAGGCGAGCGAGCGCUGAGAGCGACGUUGAUGUCGAAUACAAGGGCUCAGUGCGUAGCUCGUAGCGUUAUCGGAAAAGCGCGGGAAAAGCGGCGGCUAUCAGCCAUUCAGCCUGCUAGUCGUACCUCAGUAGGCUCUCGGCCGCCGUUGGAGAUGGACGUGACCGCGCGCGCUGUAGUACUCGCACUCGCGGCAUUCGCGGUCGCGAUCGCGCGCGCCCACAUGACGCCCGUCUCCCACGACAACAUACUCCGAAUACAACUCUGGGACGCGGAAGGACUGAGCCGGGAAACCGUAACAACGGAACCCUCGACCACAGUUCUUAAUAAACAUCACAGAGUAAAAGUUAACUUGGACGAAUUGUAUGAUGCGAUGAUGGGUGAUGAGUAUCACGGUGCGGAAAGGUUUGCGCGGCACAAAGUUAGGCACAAGAGACGACGAUCUCGACAGAGUGGGACCGAUCUACCGUGGAGGUUCCAUUCGGGUUCAGGGUUGCGGAACGUGGCGGUUUUCGACGACGACGUACCCUGGGACGUGAUUGAGGGAAGAAACUCGCGGAGCGUGAACGCAAGUGCUGUGAGUGUUUCAAGUGCCCCAGUGAAUGUGGAGAGGGAUGUGUCCCCGCCGAUGAAGCUGCGUCAGGACGAAGAGGAUGAAGUUAAGAAACAACUGCCGGUCGUGCCGAAAUGCUGUGCGGGCGGACAAAACUUGACAAUUACUAUCGUAGAUGGCAAAGUCAAAUCUGUUUGCUCGCGGUCCACGCUUACAUUCCAACCGAUCUUCCAUAAAGCGAACGAGACGCACAUUUGGAGCUACGAAAGCAACGUUUUCGAGACAAUUGUUGGCAAUCCCUGCAGUUACGACAGAUAUAAAUUGGAGCCGGAUAAAGUCAGUGCAGAUGAAUUCUAUCUUCUCUUCAAUGGAUCGCUUUUUGUGCCGUUCAGCCAACCUCCUCUGCUCGGUACGAGGGAUUUUUGUAUGGAGACAUUUUGGAAUGAAUCAAAUCCAGCAGGAGUGACUCUCCCAUUGGUAUGUUUUCAAGCACCGAUAGAGGAAGCAAAUUCAUCGGCGACUCUUAUAGCGUAUGCUACAGGUUUGAUAAUAUCGGUGCCGUUUUUACUCGCGACGGCUGGCAUCUACACCUUUAUAACGGAACUGAGAGAUACUCAUGGCAAGGCAUUGGCUUGCCAUUCAAUUUGUCUUGCGGUAGCAUUUAGCUGUUUAGCUGCCACGCAAUUAGCCGGUCACGCUUUUCCAGCUACUGCUUGCAAUAUUAUGGCCUACCUCAUCCAGUUCUCGUUUGUGUCUUGCUUCUUCUGGCUGAACGUCAUGUGUUUCGAUACUUAUUUGAAUGUACGGAGAUAUAUUCACUCAUCAGUAAGCAGAAGAAGUAUGAGGCGAAGGUUUGCGUGGUACUGUGCGUACGCUGUAUUAUUACCAGUCAUAUUACUAAUAGUGACAGUUACUAUGGACUUGUCACCAGCCGUCCCUAGUACAUAUUUGAAACCGAACUUUGGUGUCAAAGGGUGCUGGUUUAAAACGGACCAGGCGGCGUUGCCCUAUUUCUAUGGGCCGGUGGCGGUCAUACUUUUUAGCAAUUUCAUAAUUUUUUUACUCACUUCAAGAGCGUUUGCCAAGCAUUAUGAUAAGCUUAAGGAUGUCACGCCAUUAGAUAUAGCGCAUUCAGACUUCAGCACAUCAGACGACUGGGUAAGACUCAGCACUGUGUUGGGUCAGCCUCUACCAGUGCACGAGAGGUCGUCACCACCUCCGCGAGAACCACAGAUCAACUUCAGUCAGCGUCUGAGGAAAUAUAAAAAAAUAUUCCGGACAUGCUGCAUGUUGUCCGUGAUCAUGGGUCUGUCGUGGGUGCUGGAGGUGGUGUCUUGGGUUGCGGGUGCAGGCACCACUGCUGUCUCCGUGUGGUCAGUGUUCGACCUGAUCAACGCACUACAGGGUGUCGUCAUAUUCGGCAUCUUUGUGUUGCAGCAACCCGUCCGCUCUUUUGUUAAGUUAUCAAAACUAUGCAAUGUGUGCAGAAGAAAAAAGGACGGAUCUGAAGUGUCAGUAGUAAGUGAUAGGAAUAGCAUCGACUGUGGCCCCGGCCGAAGGGACUAUGUGUAGUUUGUGAUCGAAGUAACAGUUUGUAAUAUACGAGUAUGAUGAUAGUGUGACGCUGAGACUGAUAAAAUAGUAUUACGCUGUAUGGGUUUUACGAGAUAGUGGCAACAUAUGCAGUAUUGGAAGAAAGUUUGGUAAAAGUUCAAGUUGCGUUAAAAUUAUUGACAUGUUGCGUUGUGUAUUGAUGGGUAUUCUAAGGGCUCUCUCAAACAAGUGCUAAAUUCUGUCUGAAAUAUCAUCCGGCAACAACAAGGUGUGAAGAUGGGUAACGAGGGAAAUGAGGGUGAAAUAUGGCUAAGAUUCUUACCCUUGUCAACUGAUGUUCUACUGCACAAUCUUUAAGUGUUGAUGUCGCUGUAAAAAGAAAUAUUGUAGUUAGCGGCCCAAUAUUUGUGCUAUGAAUUGAAUUUCAUAGUUUUAAUCAAGGCUUUGGUGGUCCUAAGCUCUUUGACGUAACAAUAAAAAAAGAGCCAACAUUUGAUGAGUUUCCCAGACAUAUUUCUCGGUUUAUAUCUUCAAAUGUCCUUGGCAAUUAGUUGGCAAUUUUGAAGCUGUGAAUAUAAUCUAACGCUUUUAAAAAAGCUAGUUUUUGUUGUUUCCAGUUUCAAGAUAUUAGAAACUUUGUGUUGUUUAGGUUUUGUAACGCAGUGUGUGUUGAAUGUUACGUACGUAGUAUCGUAUAGGUAUGAAUGCAAAUUGGUUAUUUUGUCAACAUAUAAUGUUAUGGUAUUAGUUUUAAUAAUAAGCAGUCCUAAAUUAAAUUUUAUUUCAAUUAACUGAUAGAAAGAGU